AUGCCUUUAAGCGGAUGCACGAACGGUGUGUUGGCGACGGCUUUGGUGGUUUUAUUGCUUUUACCCGUCCAGUAUUACGUACCAGACUUAUACUCACCCGUACCAGAACCAGUGCUCACACCUCCUCCGUCAACAUACACAUUGUCAUGGGUCCAACUUGAUGAGUACCCACUAUUUGACACUGUCGUCGCCACCACGCUCGUAGUAUUGGCCUUCUUUAUAUAUGUAUGUGAUUGGGUACAACGGAAGGUUUUGGAAAGAAGAAUAUUUAAGUUGAACCAAUAUCUCGGGGAAUGCGUGGACAAACUUCGGGGCUGGGACACACGCCAAGAGCAGUUGGAGACGAUGCUGCACACAGUGAGGAAUGCCACCGCCGAAUACAGCCUGCUCCUGUACCUGAUGCUGCGCAAGCAUCGCCUAGUCGCCCACAAGGGACCACCGCCUACAAGCCUCCUGGAGAAAGAGCUGGAUGAUCUACCAUUCGUAAGGAAUUAUGUGCUGGAGAUGCAAAUGGAA